AGGGCGCGCAGCACGUGCGCGCGUUGUUUAUGUUUACUUUCACUGUUCGCUUUUGCUUCGCGUGAAACCACCCCCAAAUAACAUGAACAAGUCGCGUAAUUUCAAAAAGAAAAACCACCGGAAUCAAACCAACACCGGGCGCAAUCGGAAGCUUGCUGAAAAGCUUUCCGACCUAGCAGUCGAGUCCAGUUCUUCAUCGGAAAAUUCAGCGGAGGAAAACAGCAGCGAUGAGGAUGGAAGCGGUUCGGAAGGCCCCUCCCACAAGGAUAAGUUCGAUCUGGGGAAACCGCCCCAAUUUCCGGUCAGUAUGUGGGAUUUGAACCAUUGCGAUCCAAAAAAGUGCUCCGGGCGGAAGCUGGCCCGCCACGGGUUGAUCGAGAACUUGAGACUCGGGCAGAAGUUUCCUGGUCUUGUGCUAACUCCCGUUGGGGUCAACUGCGUUAGUCCACAGGACAAGAGUAUCAUCCAGAGCUCUGGAAUAGCCGUCGUCGACUGUUCGUGGGCCCGACUUGACGAAACUCCAUUCAACAAGAUGAAAUCUCCCCAUCCGAGAUUGCUCCCGUUCCUGGUGGCCGCGAAUCCGAUCAACUACGGCAAACCCUGCAAACUGUCGUGCGUUGAAGCGAUAGCCGCCUCGAUGUACAUCACCGGUUUCAAGGACGAAGCCCUGUGGUAUCUGAACAAGUUUUCCUGGGGCCAUUCGUUUGUGGAGCUGAAUCAGGAACUGCUGGAUUCGUAUGCUGCGUGUGGCAGCAGUAAGGAAAUUCUAGAAGUUCAAAACAAAUACCUGGAAAAGGCGGAAGCGGAGCAAAACAAUCGAACGUAUGAACUGGAUCUGCCCCCAAGUGAGAGCGAAGAAAGUGAAGAGGAAGAUGUUAAGGAAAAUGAGUGACAUUAGCGCUAGAUAGUAAAUUCAUAAAAAGAUAUAUAAUUUGGAAACUAAUCAA